UUUUUCAAUUUUCUUUAGAAUGGAAAAAAUGAAGAAAAAUAAAAUAGUUAAAAAUAAUUCAACGAAAAUCAAAGUGCCAAGAAGUAAACGUGGAAAACACUGUCUAUGGAAUAAUGCAUCUAUGAUAUCAGCAGUUGAAGCUGUAAGAAAUGGAUUUUCACAGAGAGCUGCUUGUAAAACUUUUGGCGUUCCAAGAAGUUCAUUGCAAGUUCGACUAUCUGGAGUAACCGAAAUUGGAGCCAAACCCGGACAUCCAACUACUCUAACUGCAGAAGAAGAAAAUAAAAUAGUAGAUUUUGCAUGCAAUCGUGCAUCUUUAGGAAUAGGAUUCGGUCGAUCUCAAUUUUUUAAAUAUGCAGAAAACUUUGCUUUAAAACAUAAAAAAUCAUUUAAGAAUGGAACACCUUCUGAAAAAUGGUGGCGUGGAAUGUGCAAAAGGCACAAGCACUUUACUUUACGUCAACCAGAAGGAACAGCUGCUAUUAGACAUCAAUGUAUGAAUGCUUCUAAAGUUUCAAAAUAUUUUUCUGUUCUCAAAAAUGUAUUAAUGGAAAACAACUUAAAUAAUAAACCACAAAACAUUUGGAAUAUGGAUGAAACUGGUAUGCAGUUUGAUUAUCGCCCUGAAAAAAUAAUUGCUAAAAAAGGAGUAAAGUAUCUACAUAGUCGUACUUCAGGUAAUCGGGAAACGAUUACUGUUAUAGCAUGCUUUAAUGCAACCGGUAACUCUAUUCCUCCACAUUUUAUAGUAAAAGGAAAAACUAUAAGAUCUCUGUGCAAUUUUCAAAUUGAAAAUGCCCCUGAAGGAAGCACAUGGAGUGUUUCAGACAGUGGUUGGACAAAGCAGGGCAUUGCGUUUCUCUGGUUUACAAAGUCAUUUCUUCCAAAUAUUGGUUCUGACAGACCUCAGUUACGUAUUUUAGAUGGACAUGACUCACACAACUUUGUUGAGUUAUUAGAUGUGGCUGUGGCAAACAAAAUACACAUUGUUGAAUUGCCUGCACACACUUCCAACUGGCUACAACCUUGUGAUAGGACAGUGUUUGGCCCACUCAAAAAAGCUUACAGAAAAGCAUGUGAGAAUUUGAUUAGUAAUUUUCCUGGGACACUAGUUUCAAAAGUUAGUUUUUGUGGCUUGAUGUAG